AUGGCGGGGCAGGCCUGUGCCGUGUGCGGCGCCGCGGACGCGCCCGCCGUCUGCUCGGGCUGCCGGGCGGUGCGCUACUGCGGCCCGGCUUGUCAGCGCGCGGCAUGGAAGGCGGGCCACAAGAGCGAGUGCGCCGCGCUCGCGGCGGCGUCGGCGAACGAGCCGCACGGCGCCUCGAGCCAGCCCACAGCGCAGCGCGCGGAGACGACGCCGCUGCAGGCGGCGACGCCGGCGAAAGCCCGGCCGGCUCCGCCAGCCGAGCUGGCGUCCAUGCGGACGGUUCAGGCGCCGCCCCGUGUGGCCGCGUCGCUGGAGGCUGGGGCCAAGGCAAAAGCUUUGGAUUAUUCGAAGUUCGACCAGAUAGACGACUCGGACGACGAGAAGCUUGUGCCAACCAGGGUGGGUAUCGACAUUCCCCUGGGGAAGCCCCGGGAGCAGAUGUCGCGGUCAGAGUACGACAACGUGUGGCAUAUGCUGCUCAGGCGGAAGGACUUCCCAUUCACCCCCGCGCCCGACCUGAACCGAAUGUGGGGAUUCUAUAAGCACGGCGGCAUGGACGAGUCGGCGCUGUUCGACCAGGCCUGUGAGCUGCUGGGGGAGCUGCCGUGUCGGCUCGGCGCCCAGGAGUUUAAGGCUAUCGCUUACAAGCUCACCAAGAAGCUGGAGAGCGAGAGCCGGGAGGACGAGGCUCGGAUGUGGUCCAUCAUUUGCAUUUGUCGCUUUCCGCAGGACCCGGACUCGUUCUACAACCAAGGGGUUCUGCUCAGCAAGCAGGUCGACAAGGCCAAGUUCGGCGGCUCGCCCACGACCUACCUGCCCAGCGUCAUCUCUGCCGACUCCAAGUCCGUGCCGACGGAGCAGUACUGCGCCGUGUUCUCAAGAGCGGCAGUGGGCUACUACCGGCGGUGCCUGAAGGUCGACCCCAAGCAGCGCCCCGCGUACAUCAACCUCAUAGGCAGCCUGGAGCGCAACGAGCCCAGAGGCUGGUACGACGAGGUGCACGAGGUGGCAGCACAGGCCGUGAAGCAUGGGAUCUGGUACAACACGUGGCAGCGCCCCCCCCACUUCGUGCCCUCGCUGGACGCACGGCCGUGGCACGACGCUUCGACGUUCGACAUGUGUCGAGCACUGGAGGAGAGCUACCCCAUCAUUCGAGCCGAGUACGAUGCGUACGUCAGCAAGCUGGCCAACCGCAAAGACUGGGACGAUUCGGACACCACUCCCGGGCUGGGCGACGUGGGGGGGCGCGACGGUGCGAUACACGACGGUGGCUUGAGGAAGUCGGGCCGCUGGCAGGAGGUCCCGCUGCUCACCAACUGCACCAUCAACAGGGAGUACUGCGAGCAGUUCCCGGAGACCGUGAGGGUGCUUCAGACACACUGCCGCGACGCCGGGGGGCUGGCCUUCUGCGGCGGCGGCGACGUCAUCUUCAGCGUGCUGGCUCCGGGCACGAGGCUCCGGCCGCACUGUGGCCCCAGCAACUCGCGCCUGACGUGCCACCUGGGCAUUCGGGUGCCCAAGUCGCUGGAGCAGGGCUGCCACUUGCGAGUGGGCGGCGACCCCCCGCGUGGCUGGCAAGAGGGCAAGUGCGUUGUCUUCGACGACUCCUUCGAGCACGAGGUGGUCUACCCUGAGGCUGGCCACGGCGAGCCAUACCCAGGAAAUCGCGUGGUACUGCUAGCCAACUUCUGGCAUCCUGAUUUCGAGUUCAAGAACGACCCCGAGUGGAGACAAAGAUCCGACGAGGCGCUGGCAAGCGUCGACGUGGAGACCCUGCCUCAGACGGCCAUGAUGAGGGCCGGCUGA